AUGGCCUCCCCACUCCCCACAAAGCUCAAAGCGGCGGGCCUUCAACCCUUCGCAAGCCGCGCCGGCCAACUAGAAAAGUACCGGCCAAUCGCCUGGUACUGGAUCUCCUACCACACCCUCCAGACCAUCCUCUCCCGCCAACUCCACCUCGGCGACGAAGCCAGCCAGACCUACGCCCUAAAGCUCAUGGACACACUGGAAACGUACAAAACCAACAACUCCCACAACGACGCCAUCGUUGACGACGUCGCGGCGAAAGCAUACAUGGAGAAUUUCGCCUUGGAAACAUUCAAUAAAGCUGAUGCUCAGCAAAGGGACGGGAAGGUGGGGAAGGGGACGGUGGAUACUUUCACCGCUGCUGCGACAUUCAUUGACGUCCUGGGGAUUUGGGGCGCGGUGGACGAGGAGCUGGGGAAGAAGGGCAGGUUUGCCAAGUUUCAUGCUGUGAGGAUAGCCAAGGCUAUCAAGGCCGGAGAGGAUCCGAAUGAGACGAACCCGAUUGUUGAGGAGGAAGUGGAGGCUGUGCAGGGCCAGGUGGCGGAUGAGAGGGAGGUGGAGAGGGAGUUGGACGAGAUGGUUGGGUAUAGAGCGCCUGCUGUGCAGGAUGAGGUUGAUGGCGUUGGUGCACACCACCAGAUGGAUACAAGUCACGUUCAGCACCCGCCACAUCAUAGUGGCAACAACCCGGACAUCUCACCCAUUGAGCCCGACCACGACAAUCAUGUAGCGAGACAAGCUUCGAUAGGCGGUGGCUACUUCCCAUCUGUCCCAAACGGAACAUCAAACACAACACAAAAUGAAAUCUCAAUGCCCGAUUUCAGUACCGCCCCAGAUCCUCCAGAACAGCAUAUUCCACACCAACAAGACAGCAUGAGCAGCGCAGCCGAGGACUUCUACAGCUCCCAUUCCGACGCUGUGCCAAAAACCCUCUCACCCUCAGACCAGCUGAACGCCAGCACCUCAACCACAACCGAUCUAGGAGGACAAGGAGGAACCACACCAACCCCACCCUUCACAUCCUCCGUCCCGACCCCAGCAGCCACAACACCCUUCAGUGCCGCCCCGCCUGCUGUCCAAACACCACAAACGUCGAUACCUACUACCACACCAGGUAAUUUCCACCCAAGUCAACAACACAUUCGCACUCCCGUCGCUCCUCCUCCGCCAGCAGUGCCAAGACCAGCAGGCGGGUACAACACCGACGACGAAGCGGUGCUGGUGGCGCAGAAACAUGCCAAGUGGGCUAUCUCGGCGCUCAAUUUCGAGGAUGUCGAGACGGCAGUUAAGGAGUUGCGGAUUGCACUCGGUGCACUGGGCGCGAGCUGA